UGCGGACUGAUCUCAACCGUCGAACUUAGGGUUUGCUUCCCCUCCCACUCCUCUCGCCAGUGUUUGUCCCACCAUCACCCGUUAAAUGCACUUCGGCAAACCCAACUGCGGCGAAGGCGAAGUCUGAGACGUGUCCGACCCUGCUGCUGAACAAUGGUUAAACAUAACAAUGUCGUGCCAAAUGGGCACUUCAAGAAGCACUGGCAGAACUAUGUGAAGACAUGGUUCAGCCAACCAGCCCGCAAAACAAGAAGACGCAUCGCACGACAGAAGAAAGCUGUAAAGAUAUUCCCACGCCCAACUUCUGGACCUUUAUGCCCUAUUGUUCAAUGUCAAACACUCAAGUACAACAUGAAAUCCAGAGCAGGCAGGGGAUUUACUCUUGAGGAACUCAAGGCCGCAGGUAUUCCUAAGAAACUUGCUCCAACGAUUGGCAUUGCAGUGGAUCAUAGGCGAAAGAAUCGCUCACUCGAGGGUCUCCAAGCGAAUGUCCAGAGGUUGAAGACGUAUAAGGCUAAGCUCGUCAUCUUCCCAAGGCGUGUGCGCAAAUUUAAGGCUGGAGAUUCUGCUCCGGAAGAACUCACAGCUGCUACUCAGGUCACAGGUCAAUACAUGCCCAUUGUUCAUGAGAAGCCCUCGGUCGAGCUCGUGAAGGUCACAGACGAGAUGAAAUCAUUCAAGGCAUACGCCAAGCUUCGAGUCGAGCGGAUGAACGAGCGCCUGGUCGGCACCAGGCUGAAGAAGGCUGCAGAGGCAGAGAAGGAAGAGAAGAAGUAACAACUUCUGGCCAUUUUUGUUCAGGCACUGUUCGUGGUUUGUUCACUUGCACUACAUUUUUGUUCAUGGUGAUAUUCCAGAUACUUCUAGAGGCAUUUGCUUGCACCCUUUUGGUUAGUAUUGUUUUACUGGUUUAUGAGAUUUUGGUAGAAUGCAGUAUUUUUUUAUUGUCGAUGGAUCAUGAUAUCAUGUCAAAUGUUGGUGAUCAGCAAUUUACUCUUGUUUAUUUCA